CGCACCGACAGAGGACAGACAGCGCCUGGAAGCCGCGCCGCCGCCGCCGCCGCCAGGUACCUGACUGACGUCCUUAUCUCCAGGGAGCUGGUGUCAACAAAGGAGGGGCGUACUGGUCACCAUGACAACAGAGACAGGCCCUGAUUCUGAGGUGAAGAAGGCUCAGGAGGAGGCCCCACAGCAGCCUGGGGCAGCCGCCGCAACCACCCCUGUGACCCCUGUGGGCCACGGCCACCUGGAGGCCAACUCCAAUGAGAAGCAGCCGCACCAGCAGGAUACUCGGCCUGCUGAACAGAGCCUAGACAUGGAAGAUAAGGACUACAGUGAAGCCGAUGGGCUGUCAGAGAGGACCACACCCAGCAAGGCCCAGAAAUCACCCCAGAAGAUUGCCAAGAAAUACAAGAGUGCCAUCUGCCGAGUCACUCUGCUCGAUGCCUCUGAGUACGAGUGUGAGGUGGAGAAACAUGGUCGGGGCCAGGUUCUGUUUGACCUGGUCUGUGAGCACCUCAACCUCCUGGAGAAGGACUACUUUGGCCUGACCUUUUGUGAUGCCGACAGCCAGAAGAACUGGCUGGACCCCUCCAAGGAGAUCAAGAAGCAAAUCCGGAGCAGCCCCUGGAAUUUUGCCUUCACAGUCAAGUUCUACCCCCCAGACCCGGCUCAGCUGACAGAAGACAUCACAAGAUACUACCUGUGCCUGCAGCUGCGGGCGGACAUCAUUACUGGCCGGCUGCCCUGCUCCUUUGUCACGCAUGCCCUGCUGGGCUCCUACGCCGUGCAGGCUGAGCUGGGUGACUAUGAUGCCGAGGAACACGUGGGCAACUAUGUCAGCGAGCUCCGCUUCGCCCCCAACCAGACGCGGGAACUGGAGGAGAGGAUCAUGGAACUGCACAAGACCUACCGGGGCAUGACCCCUGGAGAAGCAGAAAUCCACUUCCUAGAGAAUGCCAAGAAGCUUUCCAUGUACGGAGUAGACCUGCACCAUGCCAAGGACUCUGAGGGCAUUGACAUCAUGCUAGGAGUCUGUGCCAAUGGUCUGCUCAUCUAUCGGGACCGGUUGAGAAUCAACCGCUUCGCCUGGCCCAAGAUUCUCAAGAUCUCCUACAAGAGGAGUAACUUCUAUAUCAAGAUCAGGCCUGGGGAGUAUGAGCAGUUCGAGAGCACGAUUGGCUUUAAGCUCCCAAACCACCGGUCGGCCAAGAGACUGUGGAAGGUCUGCAUCGAGCACCACACCUUCUUCCGGCUGGUGUCCCCCGAGCCACCACCGAAGGGCUUCCUGGUGAUGGGCUCCAAGUUCCGGUAUAGUGGGAGGACCCAAGCACAGACCCGCCAGGCCAGUGCCCUCAUUGACCGACCUGCACCCUUCUUUGAGCGUUCCUCCAGCAAACGGUACACCAUGUCCCGCAGCCUGGAUGGAGCAGAGUUCUCCCGCCCAGCCUCAGUCAGUGAGAACCAUGAUGUAGGACCUGAUGGUGACAAACGAGAAGAGGAUGGCGAGUCUGGAGGGCGACGGUCAGAGGCCGAAGAGGGAGAAGUCAGGACCCCCACCAAGAUUAAGGAGCUCAAGCCGGAGCAGGAAACCACGCCAAGACACAAGCAGGAGUUCCUAGACAAGCCGGAGGACGUCUUGCUGAAGCACCAGGCCAGCAUCAAUGAGCUCAAGAGGACCUUGAAGGAACCUAACAGCAAACUGAUCCAUCGGGAUCGAGACUGGGAGCGGGAGCGCAGGCUGCCCUCCUCACCUGCCUCCCCCUCCCCCAAGGGCACCCCUGAGAAAGCCAAUGAGUCCCAGAGGACCCAGGACACCUCUCGGCAGGACUUGGCACCUCAGCCUGGGAUGGCCACAGGCUUGGAAGUGUUCACUCAGAAAAGCCUCGCCGCAUCUCCUGAGGGUUCAGAGCAUUGGGUAUUUAUAGAAAGAGAGUACAUUAGGCCAGAAGAACUCAGUCUGCUAAAAGUGGCCUCCACGCAACAGGAAGAAAGUGGGGCAGUCCUGACAGAUAUCCUGGCUGAUGGCAGACUCUCCAAGGUGGACAUCCUAGUAGACAAGUUUAAAGUUGAAGUGGCCACAGAAGAAAUGGUUGGAACCAGAAGAGCAAAUGCCCAGCAACGCGGGAGAAUGAUUGCAAGUCCUGAAGACUUUGAGUCAAUGUGGGAUGAAGACCCCUGGAUCCGAGGAGAUCCAGGGGAGGCUUCUCCAGUUGCAGGCCACACGCUGACAGGACAGCUCCACGAGGGCUCCCAGUUCAGAGUGGGCACUGGAGAGGCAGCUACCAGAAAGCACCAGGUCUCUGGGGGUCAAAUGGAGGGCCAGACAGAGCAAAGGAAGGAGCUGGAAGAGUUCCAGGCCUGGGGAAGACCUAUUGCCCCAGGGACCAGGCCAGCAAAAUUGGGUGCCCCCUCUCCAAACUCUGACAAGAGAGGACUCCAGUCAUUUCUGCUGGACCCAGCCCAAGAGGAAGCCAGAGCCAACUCAAGUGAUGAAACUGAUACUUCCUUUGCAGAAAGAAGCUUCUAUUUAACCCAUGGAGAGAAAGAUUCUGAAGGCCAAGCCCUGACUCUGCUGCUGCAGGAGAGAGAAGAGCACCUGGAUGCUGCCUCUGGAGAUGAGAUCAGGCUGGAGCUUUCCAGGGAGAUAGCCGAGAGCUCUGGCCUGAAUACCUCAGACUCUCAGGGUUCUGCUGCAACUUCCAAUAGAAACAAGAACGAAGAAGAUGAAGCCCUUCCAGCUUCCUCAGAGAAAGGGGCAGGGCCCCCCAAGGACCACAGAAAACUGGAUGCUCAGGAGGCCUUUGUGGAACAUCUUGGAGAGGGAGUUUCUCCAGGGCAGACUUUUGCUGAGGACCAGAAAGAAGCCCAGCAUGGGGUGGAGAGAAAGUAUCCUCUCUCGGCAUCUGCUGGAACUGCAGAGGAAGAGGUUCCCCAGAGUGGAGAUUUGACGGGAAAAGCUGAGAAGAGUCCCAUAGCAGAGUGGAAAAACCACUCAUUUCCCAAGGGAGACCUCCAGACCUGCACCCUUCCAUGGGCCAUCUCUCCUAACAAUGGCAGGAAGCCAACCAGACCAGACAGAGGCAACUUCCUGCCCCAAGAGAGGGGGCCUGUUCACAUGCAAACAGGAGAUCCUGCGUUGGAGGACAGCAAGACCUCAGCGUUUCUUCAGAUGGAGUUCAUCACCCCCCUCCCUACCUCCUCUGCUCCCUUUACGCUUCAGGUAGCUCCAGAAGAUGCUUCUCCAAGUCCAGCACCCUGUGGGUCAGGGGAGCCUUUACAGCUUGGGGAGCCCAUCAGAGGCAAGUCCCCUGUGUUUCUUAAACAUGCCCAUCCUUCUAAAGAGCAUAUGGACCCCAAGGACCAAUUAGAACCGGCUGUGAACCCCAAUGGAGGUGGGAACAGGGCACCUCCCGUCACCAGCAGAAAGCCCAGAUUUGUCCCUGAAGAAGUCAGGGUGGCUGGACCUCCGGGGCUGGUGUUAUCAUAUGGGAAGCGAAAGGAAAUGACCUCUUUCCAGGCUGGGGGUCAAGAGGGCUCCCUGGAAGACAUUAGCAAGACCUCAGUGGCCAACAAAAUUCGGAUCUUUGAGACCCAUGGAGCUGAAACUCACCGAGUGAUUCAGGAUGAAACCAGGGCCCUUCCCGAUGCGUCGUCUUCUGAGGCCUUCCCAGGGCAACAGGGGAAUAGACUCUUAGACUUGGGCUUCGUCCAGCUCCAGUCCCUGGGAGACUUAACCGGCUCCCAAAUCACAGAGUCCUCGAUGAUGCCAACGGCUACCAGACACUUCAGGGAGGGCAUCUCUACCACCUCGCACCAGGAAGGAUGCCUGGAACUUGAGCUUAUGUCCCCUGAUUCAGGCUGUGAAACUACACUGGAGGAAGCAACUGGGGGAAUUGGCCACAACAAAUCCGGAGACGCGGUCAGGGAAGAGAAGCGCAUCACCAACUUAGGAGUGAACCCCCCUGGGAAGGGGGGGCACCUGAGAUUCGCCAGCCCAUUGGGCCCUCAGAGAGCAGGGCUGAGGGAGGGCUCAGAAGAGAAAGUCAAACCUCCACGUCCCAGGGCCCCAGAGAGUGAUACUGGAGAUGAGGACCAGGACCAGGAGAGGGAUGCGAUGUUCCUGAAGGACAACCACCUGGCCAUUGAGCGGAAGUGCUCCAGCAUCACAGUUAGCUCCACUUCCAGCCUGGAGGCUGAGGUCGACUUCACAGUCAUCGGUGACUACCAUGGCAGCGCCUUUGAGGACUUCUCCCGCAGCCUGCCAGAGCUCGACAGAGACAAAAGCGACUCAGAAACAGAGGGCCUGGUGUUCUCCCGGGAUCUCCACAAGGGGGCGCCCAGCCAGGAUGAUGACGCUGUUGGCAUUGAGGACAGCCUGGAUCGAGGGGCCUGCUCCACCCCGGAUAUGCCCCAGUUUGAGCCCGUGAAGACAGAAACCAUGACUGUCAGCAGCCUGGCCAUCAGGAAGAAGAUUGAGCCGGAGGCUGUACUGCAGACCAGAAUUGCUGCUGUGGACGCAGCCCAGGUUGAUGGGGCUGCCCCCGGGAGCAAGGACUUCUUAACAACAACUCCCUCCAUCACCACAGAGACCAUAUCAACCACCAUGGAGAACAGUCUCAAGUCCGGGAAGGGGGCAGCUGCCAUGAUCCCAGGCCCACAGACGGUGGCCACGGAAAUCCGUUCUCUUUCUCCGAUCAUCGGGAAAGAUGUCCUCACCAGCACCUACGGCGCCACCGCGGAAACCCUCUCCACCUCCACCACCACCCAUGUUACCAAAACUGUGAAAGGAGGGUUUUCAGAGACGAGGAUUGAGAAGCGAAUCAUCAUUACUGGGGACGAAGAUGUUGAUCAAGACCAGGCCCUGGCUUUGGCCAUCAAGGAGGCUAAGCUGCAGCAUCCUGACAUGCUGGUAACCAAAGCUGUCGUAUACAGAGAAACAGACCCAUCCCCUGAGGAGAGGGACAAGAAGCCACAGGAAUCCUGACCUCUGUGAAGAGAUGCUGGCAUUUCUGGUCCAACUCAAGCCAGAGAACCGUUAAGAAGGGGCCUUCAUUCUGGAUUCUCCGACUCAACAUCGACGUCCCAGCUGUGACAUACUGUCCCUGAUGAGAGACUGGGAGAGGAAAAGCAUAUAUAUAGAGAUAUAUAGAGAUAUAGUAUAUAUACAGGAAACACUGCGUCCUGCACUGCUGCUGGGGCUGGCCGAGCCAUCGGCCGACAGCAACAACCAACAUCUGAACACCUACAUUUCCUUUGCAGAAUAAGUAAAUAACUGGUGGGAUUUUUCAAGGACAAAACAAAAAGAUCACAAUAAUCUCUUGCUCCCCCCUUCAAAUCCCUGAGGAACAACAAAAGUAAGCCAGACCACAGUGAUUGUAGAGGUACAAUAUGAUCCUUGUUUUGCACAUUACAUUUAGUGGACAAGCAUCCCAUUUGCUCUUCUCCAGCAUCUGUUGCCCACUCAAAUGCAAAGGAAAACACUUUUGCAACAAAGCAAGAGAAGUCGCAGCAGCAAGACAUGUACCCAUCAACCGUUUUCUGAGAAAGAAAAAAUUCCCCACUUGAAAAGAAGGAGGAGGAACACUGGAUUAUUAUUUUUUGGGUCUUGACACUGGGCUGCAAAAUCCACCUUCCUUCCUUUCUUCCACCUCCCCUUCCCCUCCACUCUUAAGCGUCUAGUUAUCAUUUUCUGUCUCGGCUCCUUCCUCCCCCUGCCCCCAUCCCAUACUCGUCACCCUCUGUGUCCUGGUCCUGCUGAGGGCCACAGCAGAUGACUGUCAUUUGAAAUGAGGAAAAGAAAAGAAAGCAAGAGCAGAAAACCAAGCCAAGGAAGGGAAGUAGACAUUGUACGUUUAUGGGUUUUCAUUAUGAAGGUGCAGCUUGUAGAUUUGUAUGGAUGUGCUUUUAAGUUAUGUAUAUUACAUAUAACAGGAAACAAAUAUUAAAAUAAACAGUGCUGGUAAGUAUGAAGCUGACAUUUUAAAAUUAUAAUUAUCUGACUGUGAUCAAUGUAUCCCAAGGUUCCUAGAUCUCACUGAACUGGCCCAGUCAAGGAGAGACUGGCUGUGGGCGACUCAGCCACACACAGUUGGGACAGUGGUUCAGUGUAGUAAUACAGUAUAUGGUGUUUGUGAUUGGUUGAUUGGUGGGGAGGGGUGGGGGCCCCAAAUGGAGAGGCAGGAGUUUGGCAAGAAGGAAGCAACACAGAUGUGGUCCAGAAUGCCUUCUCUCCCCGCAGUAGCAACCAGGGCCAGAUCUGUGUCCAGAUUCCUGAUCCAGACUCUGCUGCACAGGUCCCUGGCUCAGUCUCCUACCUCCCGGGAAAGGGGUGUGGGGGAGGGGAGGAUGGCUGCCUUGGUUUUCAGCCCUUUUUUUUUUUUUUUUUUUUUUUUGCUACAUAUCUUGCCUUUCCCUGACCACAUUGUGAUAGCUAAUGCCCCAUCUAAAGGGAGUUAGUGCCUGCUCCCCACACUGGGUUCCAAUAGAGGACAGUGUCUUCAGAUUGGCUGUUUUGAAAUUCCCAAUUCAGUCUUUUCCUCUACUCCUUCCUUGUUCUCAAUCAUUCUCUUCUUCCUGGACCAAAAUAGCCUUGUAGAGGCCAGAACACAGGGCAUGCCCUGAGGGGUCAAAACUGCCUUUCUAAAGGCUUCAUCUGCUCCAGAAGAAGCCAGGAAUGCAAAGUAGCCCUGCCUAGAGGCUCCAUCUAUGGAGAUGACCCUGGCUUUGGAGACACCCUAAGGCUGGUCAGUCAAUAUCUAGGCUCUGAGCCUGUGCCCUUGGAACCCCAGAAAUUGCCACAAGACCACCGAAGUCCUUGGAGAAGACCCCAUCAAAAGCUUGGCAUUUGCCUUGGCACAGAUGGGCUUUCCCAGCACAUGCUGCUUCCUUGAGCAGAGCCCCUUUACGAGGAGUAUGUCCCCACUGCACUUUCAUUUCUCAGUCCCCUUUCACCUCCCCAGCCUAGCUUCUAAAGCAGUCGAUAAAUUCAUUCAACAGAUACUUAUUGCGUACCUACUUGUGCAAGGCACUAUUCUUGGGCUGAAGAAGAAUGUGUGAGAGGAGGGAAGGGUCCAGAGGAGCCCCUUGAGCCAGCCUUAUAUCUCCCACCAUGGCCAGCCCCUCUGAGGACAUUUCUGCAUAUAUUGCCCAGGGAUGCCCCCCAGUUGGGACAGGUUGGCUUAUCAGUUGCCCUUAAGACACAUAUAUUUAGUUGCUUAACUGGUGCUUGCCAGAGGCAGGACAAGACAUGGAAUAGUGUUUGCCUUGUAGGCAAAAAAGUGGGAAGGAGAGAACAGGGAGAUCCCCAAGGCAGCACCAGCCACAUCUCCCCCAAUGCAGCAGCACACGGUCCAUGCACCAGGUCUUACUGCAGUCCUGGGGGAGAAGCCACAGAAACUUUUUUUCCUGCCUUCUCAACCUGAAAUCUCCUAUUCUCUGGGCCAGGACUGGAGAGAUGCCACUCAUUGGACCACCUCGCUGUCACAGGAACCAGGUGUCCUGAGCAUGCUGCACACACCUCAGAAGGAGAAUUUUUGCUUUGAAUUAUGCACCUGCUUAUAGACCCUGAUUGUGUGGCUGCAAGGCAGGGUGAGAGUCAUCAGGCUUAGUUUGGGAGGGAGGCAGGGUUUGUGGAGAUCUCAGUCCCAUGGAUGCUUUGGUCUUUCAGGGUAGCAGGCAGUGCCACCAGAGAGGAGGGGAGCUGCAAAGCUGAAAUUUAGGGCACUGAUUCCUCCCUGUCCUCUUCAUAGAAAAUAUCAAUGUUUGUCUUGUCUGUCUUCAACCUACUUUUCCUUUUCACAUUUUUCACUCUUCAUGUGCUGCCUCUUCAUGUAGGAGGCCACGGAGCAUAGUGGAAAUGUCCCAGAGGACGGUCAAGACUUGUGCCUGUUCACCUUGGCUAAGCCCCUAACUUUCCAUGUGAAAAUGGGCUAGACCUCUUGGGUCUCAGUUUCCCCAUUUGUAAAAUGAGGAUAAACCAGAUGUGCUCCAGGGUCUUUUUCCACUCUGCCAUCCUGUAGAUGUUCAUUUUCUCUUAUUUUGUUUUCUUGGGAUCUUUUCCAUCUGAGGGUACAGGAAGUGCCAUGAUCUGUUUCUGUUUUUGAAUCCUGCAAGCACAUUCCAAGACUGGCCUGAAAUUGCAUGAGCAACAUCACUUUAAAUAAUUUUUUUUUCAAAAGCACCUUACCAACCAGCUGCGAUGCUGUCCUCUUCCUUUUUACUCACGCCCUUCCUCUCUCGUCCCUGCGCUUCCCCACCUCAGUGCUCCGUGCUGUAUGCGUGUGCUCUCUGUUCUUGUAUACUCAAUAAAGUGAAAUAAAUGUGUUUGAUGCUGAACCACAA